UGCUCGAUUUUGUUUAACUACGGUCGAUUGGAAUCGAAUCGCAAUACGAUUCGAUCUCGCGAUUCCACCACACCCGCGCACCGUCACUCGCGCGCUCGCAAUCGAUAUUCUCAUGCCUGUCAAAUGGAUAAUAAUGGCAGCGACGACGGUUGAUACGAUGUUGCAGAGCAAUGGCUUUCACGGAAAAAGGAAAGAAGACAUCGAAAAUAAGGACAAUUUGUGGUCGUCUAUUUUGGCAGAAGUGCAGAACAGCGGAAACAAUAAGCUGCCGUCGAAUAAAAACGUUCUCGUCCUAGGUGACAAUGAGAGUGGUAAAACUACGCUUAUAGCUAAGCUGCAAGGUGUAGAAGAUCCAAAGAAAGGCUCUGGACUAGAAUUUGCAUAUAUCGAUGUAAGAGAUGAUUAUAGAGACGAUCAUACAAGGCUAUCUGUAUGGGUUCUGGAUGGAGACCCGGGUCACGCAAAUCUUUUGAGAUUUGCUCUGAACAAAGAGAGGUUUCCACAUACUCUUGUUAUGUUAGUUGCUGCCAUGACCACACCAUGGGCCAUUCUCGAUCAGCUUCAAUCAUGGGCGGCAUUACUAGGCGAUCAUAUUGACAAAUUACCAUUAGAUAAUGAUACUAGGCAACGGUGCAGGCAGCUUAAUGUUAAGAAAUGGCAAGAUUAUACGGAGCCAGGAGACGAACUGGAUCCUGGAAGUCCUUUGCGACGUACUAGUCGUAAUCUGGACGACGAUACCGCUGAAGGUUUACCUUUACCGGAAGGAGUACUUACAACUAAUUUGGGUUUAGAUGUAGUUGUAGUCAUAACGAAAACUGACUAUAUGUCCACUCUUGAAAAAGAACAAGACUAUAAAGACGAGCAUUUUGACUUCAUGCAACAGUGGAUCAGGCGGUUUUGCUUACAAUAUGGCGCGGGUCUCUUUUACACAUCGGCGAAGGAGGAUAAAAACUGUGAUUUGCUAUAUAAAUAUCUAACACAUAGGAUUUACUCUUUACCGUUCCGAACACCGGCAUUGGUCGUCGAAAAGGAUGCAGUACUUAUACCUGCUGGUUGGGAUAACAUGAAGAAGAUUAGUAUUUUACAUGAGAAUUUACAAUCUAUGAAGGCGAACGAUUAUUAUCGUGACGUUAUCGCACAGCCAGCAACAAAUCGAAAAUGCGUUGCUAGAGAAAUGGAAGUUCAAGCGGAAGAGGAACAAGCCUUUCUUGCCCGACAGCAAGCGGCUUUGUCGGGCUUGAAGGAUCCCACUCGUUCUCCAACGACUCGGAAUCAGGCAAGCCCUGGACCAGUUAUACAGGUGGCGUCGCCGAACAAGAAACUGGAUCCCAAGGGUAGCGGCGCGACACCGUCCGGAGAGGGUGUCUUAGCUAAUUUCUUCAAUUCUCUUCUUUAUAAGAAGACUGGAGUGCAACCCGGAUCACCAGGGGCACCGGGCAGCGUAGGAGCCAGUCCUAUGAAACUUGAUACACCGGUGGACAAAGCGACGAUGUGUAACGAUGCAGCAGCGGAGUUAGAUCGUCUCACACGGACCAAGAAACUUUCUCCACCCAACCUGAAUUCAUCGUCUGAAUGUUAAGAAUAGUGCGCUUUUUCUUCGCGAUCCAUCGAUACGAUACAAAUAAUAGUCGAAGCUUCGUUGCCAUUAGACAAUUCAAAUACAAAUUUGUGAAUGUUUGUAACUCACUUGUUAUAAUGGGAACGAUCAUAACAAUAGUAACAUGGAUCGCGAAGAGGUAAAAUUUAGUUCUAAUCUAACCCGAUCACACGCAAAGAAGGAAAAAUCUAAAAAAAAGAAUAAAAUAUAAUCUGUCUUGCAACCUUGCGACAGCCUCGAGUGUUGUUAAUUGACUAAAUAUCAAUAACGAAGCAGAGAAUAAUUAGAAAGCUAUUAAAUUAAUGUAAUUAAAAUAUUUAAUAUAAUAUUACCGAGAUAUAUAUGCUUACGCACAUGCCCUAGCGCCCGGUCAUAGUAAAUUAUUUAGCAAUGCCCGUAUACGUGGGAAAACGGAAACGCGUUUUUUUUUUAUCUCUAUAUUUACGAAUGCACAUCCUUCUUUGUCUCUUUGUAAGCGAAUACUCUUGUGUUUUAUACACUCGUUUUUCUUUACGUGAGAGUCUAUGACGAAUCGUCACUGCAUUCGAUCUAAUUUUGACAAUGUAAGUGCCGUUAGUGCUGCGAAAGUGUUGUACGAAUGCAUGAGAUAGUCUUUUAUACGAAUUGUUCAUAAAAUAAAAUGGGAGAAUCCUUUUAACGGAAGAUGCAGUGCAAUCUUCAGAGUUAGGGAUAGCUAAUAAUGGCACGAGACUGGAAUAGAUGUCCAUAUCGCGUAAAUUCGAAACUUUCUUUGUAGAUUUUUGAAUGCGUUAUCCAACUCAAAAAAAGCAGAUGAGCAAAGAUAUGUACAUUCAGUUAUCAAUAUAAAUGUAUAUGCUCUAUGUAUAUGAAAUUCAGAUCCUCGAUGAAAAUAAAUAAUUUUCUUAGAU